AUGGACUAUGACGAAGAUGAACUACACUACGACUCACAAGAAGAGUUAGAACAAUUUGAUGAGGACAAAUUAACCAAUGAAGAAUACGAUUUAUUACACGAUCUUUUACCACAGUUGAAAACAAAACUAAAGUCUUAUAAUGAUGAAAUCCCUGAUUUAGCGUUAAAAGAGGCCCUCUAUUUCAACUACUUUGAGCUCGAGCCAUCAAUCGAAGAAUUGAAAUCGAAUUUUAAGACUCAGAAAAGAGAACAAGAACUUAGUGAAAGCCUGGGGGAUGUGCAAGUGCCGACGGAGGCUCCACCUCACACGUCAUCAAAGUUGUCGCGAUUGGCGAAAGCAAGAUCAGGGUACUCGUCAAGUUCGAUCUUGGAUCAGUUUACAUCUAAUGCAUCAGCAGGCAAAGAUGAAUCCACACUGCUGCCGCCUCCAACUUUACUAAGAAAGAAACUUGAGAGGACGCAGACACCACCACGAGAGAAUGUUGCCACCCUCAAACUUCCUGCACAAUAUAAUGACUCAAAGGAGCCGCCGAUUUCUUUUGACAUUGCUUUGGAUGACUCAGUUAUUCUAAAUACCCCUAGGGAUGACAUAUCCAUAUUCUGGUUCCAAGACCAACCUACAAGCUACGAGAAUAGUUUGAAGCGAAGACGAUUGAAUGAUGCUAUUUUUCACCUGAUUACUAACAUCGAUGUUCCUAUAGAAAAAAUCAACAAGGCACAAAAUAACUUUAAUAAGCCAUCACCAGAUGACGAGAUAUUAAAUGCACAGAAGCAAGCAUUUGAAGGAGUUGGCAAUUUAAAGAUUGAUGAGGCACCAAAGGAGAAAAGCGCACCAACAAAAGUCAAAGAGACAAAACCGUUUAAGAAGCUCGAUAUUGACAAUGAGCUUACAAGUAACCCACAAUUCAGCAAGCCUCAUAAAUCUUUUGUUGUUAUCGGGCACGUCGAUGCUGGAAAGUCGACUCUCAUGGGAAGAUUAUUGUUCGAUUAUGGCAUAGUCGACGCCAAAACCGUCAACAAGCUUGUUAAGGAAAGUGAAAAAAUCGGCAAAGGCUCAUUUGCUUUGGCGUGGAUAAUGGACCAAACUGAAGAAGAGAGAAGUCAUGGAGUCACUGUUGACAUAUGUGCCACUGACUUCGAAGUUGAGUCCAAUAAAUUCACUGCUAUUGAUGCUCCCGGUCACAGAGACUUCGUGCCACAGUUGAUUGGUGGAGUUUCAAAUGCUGAUUUUGCCUUGUUGGUGGUUGAUUCUAUAACGGGUGAAUUUGAAGCCGGGUUUGCCUUGGAUGGACAAACCAAGGAACACACAAUAUUGGCAAAGAAUUUGGGUAUCGAAAACAUUUGUGUUGUUGUAAACAAAAUGGACAAGGAGGACUGGAGUGAAAAUAGAUUUGAGACAAUAAAGACCCAAUUAUUGGAGUUUUUGACAAGCUCGGAUGUGGAUUUCAAGCCAAAACAAAUUGAUUUUGUGCCAAUUUCAGGGUUGACUGGUAAUAACGUGGUAAAGAGGGACCCAUCUAUCGAGUCAUUUAAAUGGUAUAACGGCCCAACAUUAGCGCAGUAUAUUGAAAAUGUUCCAUUGUCGAAAGAUGGGAGGAAUACCGUGUCUCGUGAGCCAUUCUACCUCUCGGUUCAUGACGUGUACAAAGAUAAAGGUGAUUUGAAAGUCAUUGGUAAAAUAAAUAGCGGGUUUAUACAGUCAGGAGAGACGGUUGUAUUCCAUCCCAGCGAUGAGAGCUUGCAAGUUCUGUCAUUGCAAGUAUCUCAAAAGACAGUUGAUUUUGCUAUUGGGGGUCAAUUGGCUACGUUGUUAUUCAAGAGUAGUCAAGUUUCAAAUGAGUCAGCAGAUGUGGUGAGAAUCGGAGAUGUAGUUACAAAAGUGCUAUCAUCGAUCAGGACAGUUAAAAAGUUUACUGCAUCUGUCCAUUUGUUCAAUAUGGAUAAACCGCUUCUUGUGGGUAUGCCAUUUGUGCUCUUCAGAAACAGUAGUCAAGUUCCAGCAAGGAUCACCAAUAUUUUAGAAAUCACAAACUCAAAUAAAAAGAAGAAGAAAAAAAUCUUGCAUUUGACUUCAAAGCAGGAUGCACUAAUCGAGAUUGAGGUUGACGGUGGUGCGUCAUUGCCGUUGACUACUUAUGAGGGCAAUUCGAAAUUGGGCAGGAUUGUUCUUCGAAGAGAAGGGCAAACAAUAGGGGCAGGAAAAGUUACCGAAAUCUGA